AUGGGCUCUCAGCGGCGGCGCCGCCCAACGGCGAUCUCCGCCGCCUGCUUCGUCCUCUUCGUCUUCAUCUUUCUCCUCGGGUUGCUCGCUCCACCGCUCGUCGACCACCCUGCUUUCCUCCGCCGCCCUCAUCGCCGCCUCCGGCGAUCUCAGUAUUUGCUAAAGAACACUGUUGAGCUCCAGAAGAAUUUCGUGCUCGAUGAAAGCUUCCAAGUGCCGAGUGGGGGAGUGAUCGGAGGCGAUGAUCUCUGGGGUUCAAAGAUUGCGACAAACUUCUAUGGAUGCAGCAAUGCCAGCAUAGAGUUCAAAAAGGCUGAAGAAAUCACUCAGCCUGAUCGUUACUUGAUGAUCGCCACAAGUGGAGGAUUGAAUCAACAGAGAACAGGGAUAACAGAUGCUGUUGUUGCAGCUCGCAUAUUGAACGCAACCCUCGUUGUUCCAACACUCGACCAAAAAUCUUUCUGGAAGGAUGUCAGUAAUUUCACAGAAAUUUUUGAUGUGGACUGGUAUAUUUCAACUCUUGCAAAAGAUGUCAAGAUUAUAAAAUAUCCUCCCACAAUCGGAGGAGAUGUUGUCAUGAAUCCUUAUAGGAUGCGGGUUCCAAGGAAAUGUACUGCAAAAUGCUACCAAAAUCGAGUGCUGCCAGCUCUUUUGAAAAAACAUGUUGUUCAGCUGACUAAAUUCGACUACAGACUCUCAAACAGAUUGGCAACGGAUCUUCAAAAGCUGAGGUGCAGAGUUAAUUACCAUGCUUUAAGAUUCACAGAUCAAAUACAAAGAAUGGGUGAAACAUUGACACAGAGAAUGAGGGAGAAAAGCAAACAUUUCAUUGCUCUUCAUCUGAGAUACGAACCUGAUAUGCUUGCCUUUUCUGGAUGCUACUAUGGAGGGGGAGAUAAAGAGAGGAAAGAAUUGGGUACAAUUCGUAAGCGAUGGAAAACAUUACAUAGAAGCAACCCCGAUAAAGAACGAAGACAUGGAAAAUGCCCAUUAACUCCCGAAGAAGUAGGCCUUAUGUUAAGGGCUCUAGGGUUUGGCAAAGAUGUACACAUUUAUGUGGCAUCAGGCGAAAUUUAUGGUGGUGAAGAGACGUUAGCUCCUCUCAAAGCACUCUUCCCUAAUUUUCACUCCAAAGACACCCUAGCAAGCAAGGAAGAAUUAGCUCCCUUCUCUUCAUUCUCAUCUCGUAUGGCUGCUCUUGAUUAUAUUGUUUGUGAUGGAGGCGAUGUUUUCGUGACAAACAAUAACGGCAACAUGGCUAAAAUGUUAGCUGGCCGCAGGAGGUAUUUUGGACACAAGAGGACUAUAAGGCCCAAUGCCAAAAAACUAUACUCUCUAUUUCUAAACCGAACCGAGAUGACUUGGGAUGUGUUUGCAUCAAAAGUAAGAACGUUUCAGGUAGGAUUCAUGGGGGAGCCUAAUGAGAUUAGACCCGGUAGAGGUGAAUUCCAUGAAAAUCCUAACGAUUGCAUAUGCGAAAAGGGCAAAAGCUCCGACAAGCAAAUGGAGCAUUGGCAUGAGUCGGAUUAUGGAGAAAAUGUUCCACAAGGAAAAAGUUUGCAGAACAGAACAGAGUUAGAUUAUGAUGUCUUGGUCAGAACAGAGGAUCCUUUGGAGGAGAUGUUUAUGUUUUCAGACUAGAAAAAGUUAGAAGGGAUGAAGAAAAAGAAGAGGAAGUAACCAAGAGGAGGGAGAGUUAAGUUUCUUCAGCAGUUGUUCUGCGAUGCUUGAAGGAGGCAAAGGGAACUACAAGAGGGAGAAGAUUUGCAAUUUUCCAUUGUUUUUGUUUUGAUUUUUGAUUUUUCUUUUUUUCCUUUUUAUGCCUUUUUUGU